UGCUGUGUCUGAGGACCGCGGCCGGAGUGUGCGUGCUUCGCGGAGGGAAGCUCCCGUGGGCUGCGUAGGUGGGCUGGCAGCCCCAGGGGCUGGGGGUUCGUGUUGCGGAAGGCUGAGAUAGGAGAUUAACAAUGGAUACCCAGAAGGACGUCCAACCCCCAAAGCAGCAGCCAAUGAUCUAUAUAUGUGGAGACUGUCACACGGAAAAUGAAAUCAAAUCCAGGGAUCCAAUCAGAUGUAGAGAGUGUGGAUACCGAAUAAUGUACAAGAAAAGGACUAAAAGAUUGGUGGUUUUUGAUGCUCGAUGAAACUGAAACUACAGAAAUGUCUUAAUUUGUCUCAUUAAUGUUUCCCAUUAUUGUAUAGCCUUUGGGUUAGCGUACUUAUGAGUACCACUGUGUAUGUAUAAUUUCAUUUUACAAACGAGAUUGUAUUUUAAUACUCUGUACAAAGAAAUUUUGGGUUGCUGUGAGUUUUAAUUUAUUAUAUAAUCUGGCAUACAAUGAGGAAUAAAAUUGCUUCUCUAAUCAA